AUGACAAAACCAGUAGAUUAUUCUACUUGGACUAAAGAACAACUAAUAGAAAAAUUAAAUAAACUAGAGAACCUACCUGAAAAAGAACUCACAACCAAAAACAAACCAUCAAAAGAAUUCAAUUGGGACAAGUACAAUUUCAGAUUUGUUGCAUUAAAAUUUGCAUAUUUAGGUUGGAAUUAUAAUGGAUUAGCAUUUCAAUAUGAACCAACACCAUUACCAACAAUUGAAGAAACUUUGUUGCGUUGUUUAUCAAAAAUUAAAUUAAUUAAAGAACCAAUAUUAGAAACAGAAUUUUCAAGAUGUGGUAGAACAGAUAAGGGCGUUAGUGCAAUGAAUCAAGUUAUAUCAAUGAAAUUAAGAUCAAAUUUAACUAUAGAAGAACAACAAGAUCCCAUAAAUGAUGAUAAAGAAAUUGAUUAUUUAACUGUUAUAAAUGCUAAUUUACCACCAGAUAUAAAAAUUCAUUCAAUAUGUCUUCGACCUCCUCCAAAUUUUGAUGCAAGAUUUAGUUGUAAAAAUAGACAUUAUAAAUAUCUUUUUCGAUCUAAAGAUUUAAAUAUACAAGCAAUGCAAGAAGCAGCUUCAUAUUAUGAAGGAGAACAUGAUUUUAGAAAUUUUUGUAAAUUAGAUGGUUCAAAACAAAUUACAAAUUUUAAUCGUUUUAUAUAUAGUUCAAAAAUCAAAAAUUUAAAAGAUGAUUUAUAUUAUUUUGAUUUAAUUGGAACUGCAUUUUUAUGGCAUCAAGUUAGAUUUUUAUUGGAAUGGAAUAUGACCUAG